AUGUCACGGCAAGAAAAUGACAGGAAACCAAAUAGAGACAGACAGACGUUGGCAAGAGAAGAACUACAGAGGGAAUUAUGGCAUUACAUCUCAGAUACCUUCAGCUGCAUUGACACAGUGGGGAAAUUCUUUGACUCUCUCUCUGAAUGGGAGCAAGAGAGGAAGAUAGAGGUCACCGAGUUGAACAAAAUCAAAGAUGAGGCUGACCUGAACUCGGUGUUAAAGAAGGCUCUAGGAGGCUUGGAGAAGCUUGACUCCUUCCUGGAUGCUGUGGAGCGGCUGGCGGUCACCUCGCUGCAGGUGUUCAUGAAGAACAAGGUCUUACAGCUGCCCCAAGAGAUCAGCCUUGAAAAAGUUCAGGCUGUCAUUAACGAUUCAAGCCGUUCCUGCCCAUUUCUUCUUGAGUUUAAGAGAGAUGACAGUACCUUCUUCCGCCCAAACAUUAAAAAUGCGGAAGUGUUUGCAGUUCAUUUGGGAAGAUACCUAUGGAUCACCCAGAAACUCUGUAGCAUGAUAGAGAAAAGCUCUGUUAAUGACUUAUGGCAGAUAAGGACUGAACUAAAAAUGGUUCAUCUUGCUGUGGAUUUGUCUGAAGAAAACAUACAAAAUAUGCUUGGUCAUAUACGUCAGCUGGUGAGUAUCAGGAUGGACCAGCACUUCAGGCUGGUGUUCUUGUUCCAGGACGUGCCGUGUUCAGAGUUCAUCAGUGAGUACAGCGAGCGAAAACCCAGGAUCCUGCGGUUUCUGUCUGACCUGGAGGAGACAGCUGUCAAACUCGACGAGAUGAAGCUGGGGGCGGACAUCUCAGGUGUGACCAGCAGCUCGGUGGGGGCAGUUGGAGGUGUGCUUUCCAUCAUUGGUCUGAUCUUAGCCCCCUUUACAGCUGGAGCAUCUUUAGGUCUGACCCUAACUGGAGCAGGGCUGGGAAUUACCAGUGGAGUCACUGCUGUAGUCACUACAACCACAGAGAGUGAAGUCAAUCGUAAAAAUCAAAACAAAGCCAAUGAACUCCUCCAAAACCUUAUGGAGAAUAUGCAGAUUAUCCAGCAUUGUUUGGAGAAAGCAUCCUUUCAUCCAGUCACUAGAGAUGGAGUGGGUAAAUCAGAUGUGGCCGACACAGCAGUAACAGGAGUGUGUGGAGCUGGUGAGAUUCUAAAAGAUAUUAUUUCUUUUAUCAUUGACCUGCAAGAGGCAAAACCUACCCUGCAGAGUGCAAAUAUGAAUCAGCUGGUGGUCCAGGGAGCUGAAACAACAGCUAAUGAGCUGCAGAUUGCAAAUGAGGUUGAGGAGGUGGCCCAGGGAGCUGAAGCAAUUGCUCAGAUGCCCAGGGUGGCCGCAGGUACAGGACAGGCAGCUGCCAGAGGGGUUGCUGCCCUCAGCAUGCCAGUCAGGGCUGGUUUAGGCGUCCUCAAUGGACUUUUCCUUGGCUUGGAUAUCUAUAACAUCUGUAAAGACAGCAUCAGUCUGCACCAUGGCAGCAAGAGUGAAGCCUCAGAGUUCAUCAGAGCCAGAUCUGCACUUUGGCGUUCAGAGCUGGACUCAUGGCAGAAGAUCCAUGACUCCCUGUGUCAAGGCCUGGAGACAUCAGAGAAAAACAAAAAAAUCCUGCAGAAGCCAUUUUAUCCAGAGUGA